AUGGAAAAUAAUCUUAGAUGUAUGGUAUGCCAAAAACCUGCUCGUAUAGACCCAGAUACGAACCAACAAUCCGAAUAUUGUUCAAAAAAAUGUCAAAAACAAGCUGUAAAAUUAAACUUGGUCGAAGAAUGUAAUAUAUGUGAAACUUAUCCAAAAAUGUUGGAAUACGGACAAAGGAUGGAAUGGUGUAGUUUAGAUUGUAAACAACAAUUCUUGGAAGAAAAUCCGAAUUUUAAAAUAUCAAAAACACCAAGUGUAAAAAUUGCACAAUUAACGGAUGUAAUGAAUAAAAUUAAUAUAGAAACAGAACAUAUUGAAGAUACCCCACCACCUCCUUAUGGAUAUAGUCAUGAAACUGAUGAACAUUCUGAACCAGUGCAGGAGAAAGCUGAAGUUCCGUCCUUACAUUAUUCUCCACAAUCUGUUCCUACAAACCUUUCAAUUCUUUUUCCAGAUGAAAAAUCAUCUAUGAACAAUAAUGACAUUAAUAAGAAUAUGGGUCAGGCUAAUGAUAAUAUGUGUCGUGCUAGUAAUGACAUGAACUGUACGAGUCAGAGUCCUGUUAUUCAACCGAGGAGUCCCAUUAUUCAACAACAGAGUCCUGUUUUUCGACAACAGAGCUCUGGUUUUGAACAACAGAGUCAACAGCAGAGUCCUGUCAUUAAACAACAAAUUAAUGCUAUUCAACAAAAGAAUUCAGCUAUUCAACAGCAAAGCCCUGUUGUUCCAAAAAAGAAUUUAGCUAUUCAACAGCAGAACUCUGUUGUUCCAAAAAAGAAUUUGGCUAUUCAACAGCAGAACCCUGUUGUUCAAAAAAAGAAUUUGGCUAUUCAACAGCAGAGCCCUGUUCAACAACAGUGUCCAGCUAUUCAACAGCAGAACCCUAUUGUUCAACAAAAGAGUCCUGUUAUCCAACAAAAUUCAAGUAUUAAAUACAACAAUGAAACAAUCACCACAUAUGCGGCACCACUUCAACCAAUCGUUCAAAAACCACUUCCACUUCAACCACAGGUUGUAUAUGUGAACAAUCCUAACUCGCAACCAGUUUACGUUAAUAAUCCUGUUAUGAAUUCUGUUAAUACAUAUACGCGACCGGUAAUUUCUCAAAAUCCGGCUAGUAACAUAGUUUAUGUUCAAAAUAACAAUGUGAUCAAUUCUAAUCCACAAAUGCAAUCUAUACAAACUAAAAUUGUAACACCUCAAAUGAUAAAUCAACCUGUUAAGCAAAAUGUUAUAAUCGUUCAACGCCCAAUUCAACAGCAACCAAUUCAACAAAUUCAAGUUGUCGCUGCUCAAAAUGUUGUUCCUUCAUAUGUUGUUAAUUCAACCGGAAAAAAUAUUGAAAAAUAA